AUUCAUCUUUGCAUCUCCUGUUUUGAAUCUGUGUCUUAGAUUGCCUCAUCCCCACUCAAUAAACACGUUAAGUUUUUGUGUAUCUCAGUGGCUGCCAGAACUUAGCACUUGCUUGUUGUAAGACAUAGUCUUUUUGAGCUUACUAUAACCUUCCAAUAUGUAUCAUAUCAGUGAAAAUAGUAAAGCAUAUGAGCCCAGUUUAUACACUGUCAAAGGCAUUGCCAUCCUAGACAAUGAUGGGGAAAGAAUACUCGCCAAGUACUAUGACAAAAAUAUUUUCCCUACAGCAAAGGAACAGAAAGCUUUCGAAAAGAAUCUGUUCAAUAAAACACACAGGGCAAAUGCAGAAAUCAUUAUGUUGGACGGUAUGACUUGCGUGUACAAGAGCAAUGUCGAUUUGUUCUUUUAUGUGAUGGGUAGCUCUCACGAAAAUGAGUUAUUAUUGAUGAGCGUCUUAAACUGUUUGUAUGAUUCUGUCAGUCACAUUCUUAGGAAGAAUGUAGAGAAAAAGGCUGUGCUUGAUAGUUUGGAUAUUGUCAUGUUGGCAGUUGAUGAAAUCUGUGAUGGAGGAGUUAUUCUUGAUGCUGAUGCUCAUCGUAUAGUCCACAGAGUUGCUCUAAGGAAUGAUGAUAUUCCUCUGGGUGAACAGACAGUCGCACAAGUUCUACAAUCAGCCAAAGAACAGCUGAAAUGGUCUUUAUUGAAAUAAAAUAUCUUGAUGUCAUAUGAAGUAUAAAAUCAAUGAAUUUCCUUAUAUUCUGUGCAUUUUUAGCAUACAGUAUUUUAUUGUAAAUGAAUUAUUAAGAAUAUAGAGUUAAUAUCUUUUUAUCAAAAGUAA